AUGUCUCCAUCCAGUGGCUCAGAGGUGUCGCUAAGCUCCGCCAGAUUGCUCUACUCGCCAAAGGUCACUGUCCGUGUCGGUCCCGACAAACAAGAAUUCUGUAUACACAAAGAUCUGCUCCGUUCCAACUCGACAUACUUCGCUAAGGNNCUCUCUGGAAGAUUACUGGAAGCUCAGACACGUGUCGUCGAACUUGCAGACGUCCACACAGUGUUAUUCAGAAUGUUCGUUGCGUGGCUGUACCUGGACAAGCUUACGUAUGAGUCUUCGAAUCCGAAGAUUUCAUCAGAAUAUGAAAUCGAACAACUCGACAACGCAUUGAGACUAGAAGUUUCGGAGGACGUGGGAGACGACGAGGAUAGACGAGGCUCGCACUGGGACGAUCUUUCCACCUCCCAAGUAGAAAACCCUACAACGUGGACCUACUUGACUCUUACCGGCUUGUUCGUACUUGGCGAUCGGUUGGACGCUGCAAGACUCAAGCGCCGCGUCCUCGAUACCAUCAUCAAAAAGAAGCUCAGAAAAUACCAACAACCCAGAUCGUCAGCCAUACUUUACGCGUAUGCAAACACGACCGAUGAAUCUCCACUGCGCCGGCUUCUCGUCCAUAUAACUGCCUACGAAAUGAGAUUCUCCGCGGCUCAUACCACUUGGAACAACUUACCUAUCGACUUUCUCACUGCUGUAUUGGUGAAUUCGGGAAGGAGGAUGCCAGGUCAGCAAUGCGCGGACUGCUACGCAAAUGCCCUCGACGACAACGAGAUUUCAGUCGAGGAAGUCGACGAUAUGGACAAAGAAGAAGACUCGGCAGCCUUUACCCGCGACAUCUGUCUCUAUCACGAAAACAAGGACGAGGAGGAAAAAGUUGCUUGUCGCACGGCGCGCGAGGAAGAAUGGGAGGAGUAA